UCCUGAGACAAGGCCAACAACAUAGAGCUUUUUCAAGAGGAAGAGCCCCAAAUGCAACAAACCAUUUCAUGUUAAAAGGAGUCUAUUCUUGUCAAUAGUAAUGAGGAAAUUCCAAAGGUAUAGAGUGGCCUUAACCACAAAAAACUUGGCAUUCCCAUGUUCAAUCCCAUUUUUGCAAUAGCACCAAAUGCAACAAAGCUUUCUGAUAUAAAGGUAGGGGCCUCAAUCAGGCGUCGACUUCUGCUUCAUAUUUAUCGGAUUUCACUUCUAAUUUUCCAAGACGAUGCUUCAUUGCUGUGAAAUCAUACGAAGGUGAUGCCUUGAUUUUCUAUGAUUCAUAAUUCCUCUGAGGUGAAUUUAUCUAUAGUACAGGAGUUAGAAGCCAAGGAAAGGUGGUAAUGCUUAAAUUCAAUUCAAGAAUUUUGAAUUUCUGUUAUGGUGCCAAUCGUCAACUCAAGCAUAUAGAAAUCAAGUAUUACAGUAGUUAUAUUAUUGAUGGUUCAAGUUCUACUCAUUCUGGAUUUGAUUCGAAUAGGCUUUUAAAUGAGCUGUCCAAAUCUGGUCGAGUUGAUGAAGCUCGCCAACUGUUCGACAAAAUGCUCAUUCGAGAUGAAUUUACUUGGAAUACAAUGGUAGCUGCUUAUUCCAAUUCAGGAAGAUUUUCUGAUGCUAGACAACUUUUUAAGGAGACCCCAACAAAAAGUCCCAUCACUUGGUCAUCCUUGUUGUCUGGGUAUUGUCGCAAUGAAUGUGAAAUUGAAGCUUUUGAACUGUUUUGGCAUAUGCAGCUAGAGGGCCAAAUGCCCAGCCAGUUCACGCUGGGCAGUGUCCUACGGUUGUGUUCAACAUUGGGUUUGCUUCAAAGAGGUGAACAGAUUCAUGGCUAUACAAUUAAGACACGGUUUGACUUGAAUGAUUUUGUUCUCACUGGUCUUGUUGACAUGUAUGCAAAGUGCAAGUGCAUAUCAGAAGCUGAAUAUCUAUUUGGGAUAUCCCCUAGUAGUAAAAAUCAUGUAAUGUGGACUGCUAUGGUUACUGGGUACUCUCAAAAUGGUGAAAGUUUAAAGGCAAUCAAGUGUUUUCGAGCAAUGCGAGUUGAAGGGGUAGAGUCAAAUCAGUUUACAUUCCCUGGCAUUUUGACAGCAUGUGCUGCGGUUUGUGCACGUUCGUUUGGGGCUCAGGUGCAUGGAUGCAUAGUCCAGAUUGGAUAUGGGGCAAAUGUGUUUGUUCAAAGUGCAUUGGUUGAUAUGUAUGCAAAAUGUGGAGAUUUAAAUAGCGCAAAGAGGGCGUUGGAGAACAUGGGGACUGAUGAUGUAGUUUCUUGGAACUCCAUGAUCGUUGGAUGCGUGAGACAAGGAUACUUAGAGGAUGCUUUGAUCUUGUUUAAAAAAAUGCAUGCAAGAGACAUGAAGACUGAUCAUUUUACAUUCCCAUCCAUUCUAAACUCCUUUGCUGUCUUGAAGGAAAUUGAGAAUGCAAAGUCUGUCCACUGUUUGAUCAUCAAGACUGGAUUUGAGGCUUAUGUACUUGUUGGUAAUUCUCUUAUUGACAUGUAUGCUAAACAAGGAAAAUUGGAUUCAGCUUAUCGAAUAUUUAAUCUUAUUAUAGACAAGGAUGUGAUAUCAUGGACGUCUCUAGUGUCGGGUUAUGCACACAAUGGCUCUUAUGAAAAAGCACUUGAGUUGUUUCGUGAGAUGAGAGUAGCAGGGGUUUAUCCAGACCAAUUUGUAAUUGCCAGUGUUUUAAGUGCUUGUGCAGAACUAACAGUUUUAGAAUUUGGGCAACAAAUUCAUGCUAACUGCACUAAAUAUGGUCUUCAGCCCUCAUUAUCAGUAGAUAACUCCUUAGUAACGAUGUAUGCAAAGUGUGGGUGCAUAGAAGAAGCUAAUAGAGUUUUUGACUCUAUGCGAGUAAGAAAUGUGAUCAGCUGGACAGCUCUUAUAGUAGGUUAUGCACAAAAUGGUAGAGGAAGGGACUCUUUAAAGUUCUAUGAUCAGAUGAUUGCAACUGGUACAAAUCCAGACUUCAUUACUUUUAUCGGUUUGUUGUUUGCUUGUAGCCACGCUGGUCUUCUGGAAAAUGGCAGAACCUAUUUCGAAUCAAUGAAUAAGGUUUAUGGAAUCAAACCAGGUCCUGAGCAUUAUGCCUGUAUGAUUGACCUCUUGGGCCGAUCCGGAAAACUUAAAGAGGCUGAGGGAUUAGUAAAUCAAAUGACUGUGGAACCAGAUGCAACUGUUUGGAAGGCACUUCUUGCUGCGUGUAGGGUACAUGGAAAUGUGGAACUUGGAGAGAAAGCAGCAGAAAACCUUCUUAAAUUGGAACCAUUUAAUGCUGUGACUUAUGUUCUCUUAUCUAACAUGUACUCUGCAGCUGGUAGAUGGGAUGAUGCUGCAAAAAUCCGGAGAUUGAUGAAAUCAUUGGGGAUCAGUAAGGAACCUGGUUGUAGUUGGAUUGAGAUGAACAGCCAAGUGCAUAGGUUUAUGUCCGAAGAUAGAAGCCAUCCAAGAACAGCUGAGAUAUAUUUAAAGCUUGGUGAGAUAAUGAUGUUGAUCAAAGAAGCUGGGUAUGUGCCUGACAUGAAUUUUGCGCUUCAUGACAUGGAUGAAGAGGGUAAGGAGCUUGGUCUAGCUUAUCAUAGUGAAAAGUUGGCAAUUGCUUUUGGACUUCUUACAGUGCCACCAGGAGCACCAAUUCGGAUUUAUAAGAACCUUCGGGUUUGUGGGGAUUGCCAUACUGCAAUGAAAUAUAUAUCAAGCGUAGUUCUUCGACAUAUCAUAUUGAGAGAUCCAAACUGUUUUCAUCAUUUUAAAGACGGGAAAUGUUCUUGUGGAGACUACUGGUAGAGGACUUGAUGGUCAUCCUUUAAACCUUGUGCCUAUAUGAUACCAGUUCAAGGGGCAUGAAAUGGUUGAAUUUUGGUGGUCUAGAUAUUUUUUACUGCUCUUGCAACAUUAGCAUCAUUAUUAAGUUUGCUCAUUAUUUAUGGUUUAACUUUUGCUAAAUUAAAAAGUUAAUAUGUAAAUUUAUGAAGUGCUGGAUCAUGAAAAAGGAAAAUGCCUUGAGAACAAGCCUACAGUUGUUGAAUGAAGACUUAACUGGUAAGUGAUCCUUUUGCACUACUAACUUUGAUCUAAGUCAUGGUGCGCCCUAUCAUCUAAUAAGGAUUCUAUAAUAAAUGACUUGUACUAUGCACUUUUUUUCUUCCCUUCAAUAUAGAUAUGACAUUGUAUGUUUAAA